ACUGGAAGCAGCGCGUGCGCAUUUCACAACGGCGACCAUAUGCGCUGCUGAUGUGCGAGCGGCGGCUGGGAGAGACGAAGGGGAGUAUUUGGUUAUUGAAUUUACAACGCGGGGACAAUGGGAAAGAAGCAGAAAAAAUCCGCCGAGGACAGUGCCAAAGACGGCGAGAUCGACAUAGACGCCCUUGCCGCUGAGAUAGAAGGUGCUGGUACCACAAAGGAGCAGGCCAAGGCCAAAGUGAAGAAGAAGAAGCCUGGGAAGAAGGAGGACUUUGACGAAGAGGACAUUCUGAGGGAGCUCGAGGAGCUGACUUUAGAAAACCAAGGAGGAAAGUCCAGCAAAGACGCAGCUUCAGGCAAACAGAAACCCGAUGCCACAGACGAUGCGGAAGCUGAGCCGGUACCUAGCAAGGCUGAUAAGAAGAUGCGGAAAGGGAAAAGGGCCAGCGUUGACGAGGAGGGUGGUCAGGAAGCUGCGGGUCAGGGUGACAUGGGGAAUGGAGGUGACCAGCAAGGUCGAGCGACAGCGGCUUCUGCCGCCUCUGCUGCUUCAGAUUCUGAGAAUGAGGACUCAAAGCCGGGGAAGAACGCGAAGGGGGCCGGGAGGGACCCCUCUCAAGAUGACGACGGUAGAAGUGAUCAGAAAGGAGGAGACGGAGGUGACGACGAUUCGGACGAUGACUCGUCCCAGUCUCGACAGCGGCCCCAAGUCCAAAAGAACCAGAAAGGGAAGGUUAAGCCGACGGGCGGAGGUGAAGAAGACGCCAGCGAUGAAGACGACGGUACAUUCAAGAUGAAAACAGCUGCCCAGAAGAAGGCAGAGAAGAAGGAGAGAGAGCGCAAGAAAAAGGAGGAAGAGCGGGCCAAGGUGAAGAAACAGAAGAAGGAGAAGCCUGAGGAGAAAGAGGAGUCGGCCACAGAAGUGACAUCAAAGAAAGAUGUCCCCAAGAAGAAGGAGCCGACAGGCCCGGUGACAGCGGAGGCGAAGAGUCAGGAGUCAGCCGUGGCCGAGGAGCAGGACAGAGUAGAUGAGGAGGAGGGCGAAGGGGACAAGAAAAAGAAAGACAAGAAGAAAAAGAAAGGGGAGAAGGAGGAGAAGAAGAAGGGGCCCAGCAAGGCGACGGUGAAAGCCAUGCAGGAGGCACUGGCUCGCUUGAAAGAGGAAGAGGAGCGGGCAAGGCAAGAGGAGGCAGCACGACAACGAUGGCUGGAGGAACAGGAAGCCAAGAGACAGGAGCAGGAACGAUUGGAUCAGGAACGGAAGGAGAAGAAGAAACAGAAGGAGAAGGAAAGGAAAGAACGUCUGAAGAAGGAGGGCAAGCUGCUGACUAAGGCCCAGAAGGAGGCCCGAGCCAGAGCAGAGGUCACGCUCAAACUGCUGCAGGCACAGGGAGUAGACGUUCCGUCUAAGGACGCUGUGGCAAAGAAGAGGCCCGUCUACUCGGACAAAAGGAAGAAGAAGAAGACGACGGCACAGACCCCAGAUGAAGCCCCAGAAGCCGCUGACCUUGCCUCUCCCACAUCUGAAAUGGCCGAACCGAUUUGCGCUCACAUGGAGGUAGAUGCGCACACAGAGGAGACAGUAAAAGAGGAGAAACCAGAGAUAGCUGACCUGGAUGACUGGGAGGCGAUGGCCAGCGAUGAGGAGAAGGAGAUGAAAAAGGUCCACAUUGAAGUAAAGGAGACUUCACAGAAAAAGAGCCAGCCUGAAGAGGAAGAUGAGGGCAGCGAGGAGGAGGAAGACGACGAGGAUGAUGACGAGGAAGAGGAGGAUGAUGACGAGGAAGAAGAGGAGGACGACGAUGAAGAAGAGAGUGAGGAAGAGGAUGAUGGGAAGCAAGAACCACCCAGUAAGAAGAAGAGUGGGCGAGAGGCUAGCUCCGAGUCCAGCAGUGAGAGCGACUCGGAUGAUGGUCGCACCAAGGAGGAGAGGCUGUACGACAGGGCCAAACGGCGCAUUGAGAAACGGAGACAGGAAAACCUGAAGAACAUCAACCUGGAGAAGCUCCGAGCCCCAGUGGUCUGUGUGCUGGGGCAUGUGGAUACAGGGAAGACCAAAAUCCUCGAUAAGCUGCGGCACACGCAUGUCCAGGACGGGGAAGCUGGUGGCAUCACACAGCAGAUUGGGGCAACCAAUGUUCCCCAGGAGACCGUCAUCGAGCAGACCAAGAUGGUGAAGAAUUUUGACCGGGAGAACAUCAAGAUCCCGGGGAUGCUCAUUAUCGACACACCAGGACACGAAUCCUUCAGUAAUUUGAGAAACCGGGGUAGCUCUCUGUGUGACAUCGCCAUCUUGGUGGUGGACAUCAUGCAUGGACUGGAGCCCCAGACCCUGGAGUCCAUUAACCUGCUCAAGGAGAAGAAGUGUCCCUUCAUCGUGGCCCUGAACAAGAUUGACCGUCUGUACGACUGGAAGAAGAGUCCUGAAACGGACGUAGUGACCACACUGAAGAAGCAGAAGAAGAACACCAAAGAUGAAUUUGACGAACGAGCCAAGGCUGUGAUUGUUGAGUUUGCUCAGCAGGGCCUGAACGCUGCGCUCUUUUACGAGAACAAAGACCCCCGCACAUUCGUGUCCCUGGUCCCCACGUCGGCCCACUCCGGUGACGGCAUGGGCAACCUGAUCUCCCUGUUGGUGGACCUGACCCAGAGCAUGCUAGCUCGCCGACUGGCUCAUUGCGAUGAGCUCCGGGCCCAGGUCAUGGAGGUAAAGGCACUCCCAGGCAUGGGAACCACUAUAGAUGUCAUCCUCAUUAACGGGACACUCUGUGAGGGUGAGACCAUCCUUGUCCCGGGUGUGGAAGGUCCUAUUGUUACCCAAAUCCGAGGGCUUCUGGUGCCCCCACCCCUCAAGGAGCUGCGUGUCAAGAACCAGUACGAGAAGCACAAGGCGGUGUCCACAGCCCAGGGGGUAAAGAUCCUGGGGAAGGACCUGGAGAAGACCCUGGCUGGGCUCCCCCUGCUGGUGGCCUAUAAGGAGGACGAGAUCCCCGUGCUACGGGACGAGCUGAUCCGCGAGUUGAAGCAGACGCUGAGCUCCAUCAAGCUGGAGGAGAAGGGAGUAUACGUGCAGGCGUCUACCCUGGGCUCGCUGGAGGCCCUGUUGGAGUUCCUGCGGACGUCCAAAGUACCGUACGCUGGCAUCAACAUCGGCCCUGUCCACAAGAAGGACGUCAUGAAGGCUUCCACCAUGCUGGAACACGAUCCACAGUUUGCUGUGAUCCUGGCCUUCGACGUGAAGAUCGAGAGAGACUCCCAGGAGCUGGCUGACAGCCUAGGGGUGCGCAUCUUCAGCGCUGAGAUUAUCUACCACCUGUUUGACGCCUUCACCAAGUACCGAGAGGACUACAAGAAACAGAAGCAGGAUGAGUUCAAGAAUGUAGCGGUGUUCCCCUGCAAACUCCGCAUCCUGCCCCAGUUCAUCUUUAACUCCCGCGACCCCAUCGUCAUGGGUGUCACCAUAGAGGCCGGCGUGCUCAGACAGGGUACCCCCCUGUGCGUGCCCAGCAAAGCGUUUGUGGACAUCGGCAUCGUCACCAGCAUAGAGAACAACCACAAGGCCGUAGAUAGUGCCAAGAAGGGCCAGGAGAUCUGUGUGAAGAUCGAGCCCAUCCCUGGCGAGUCCCCCAAGAUGUUUGGGCGGCACUUUGAAGCAACCGACAUCAUCGUCAGCAAGAUCACCAGGCAGUCCAUCGACGCUCUGAAGAACUGGUUUAGGGAUGAGAUGCAGAAGUCUGACUGGCAACUGAUCAUGGAGCUGAAGAAGACCUUUGAGAUCAUCUGAGCAUGGGAGGAGCAGCUAUGCUCAGCCUUUUGAGACGACCACACACACACACACACACACACACACACGGCCGGAUGAUCACAAGCCCCCCAUCCCAGAGUGUGGGGAGGGGGGGGCACAGAAUCCAACGUAUCAGAAAGACAAGGGGAAGAAGAAGCGUUUUCUAUGAGAAACCGAACUAUUUUCCACUGUUUUACAGUGAUGUUUUACAGCAGUUGCAUACUUCCAACGUGCCUGUUCUCAUUUAGUAUACUUUUAAUUUCUCUACAGGCUGCCACUCCAUUCCCUGUAAUUCUCACACUGACCACCUGGCGGGCUGGAGGACCGGAGAUGAUGAGUGGGGGAGGGGGCUGUCUGUGUGUGUGGGGGGGGCAGGCCUUCACAGAUAGCCCCACUUUUCAGUGUGAUUUUUUGGCUUCUUGUCCUGGUUUCUUUUUAAGGUUCUGACCAGGUAAUCGUUUUUGUAACUCAACUCCAUCAUCACAGCACCUUCCCCCUCGCCGCCCCCCCCCCCAAACAAUCUUUCUUUGCAGGCUCCUAAACCCCUUUGGACUGGCUUGUGCCUGUUGGUGUGUUUUUAUAGUGGAUGAUUUAUUUGAAAAGUUCCCUUCACCUCCAGCGUUUGACAUGUACAAGAAGAAGGUUCUGGAAUGACCCCAGUCUGCAGCUCUUUCCUGCUUGUACAGUUUGAAAUGGCUGAAAAUGAAUGGGGAUAAAUGAUUAAAUUAAGCCAAACUGUAAGAAUUUCAGUGAAAAUAAAGUGCGGACGUUGCUGAUA